CAAACAGAGAUGUCGAUUGUGUAUUUAAAGAAUACUGUAUAUAAAAUUUGGCUUAGUGCAAGUAUUUUUUGUUUAUAAUAAAUCUAUGUAUGAAGGCUUUUAUAAAUAAGCGGAUUAGAUAUCAACUCGUAAACUUAUGCUCAGCUCCAACUUCCGGAUGUUAUUGGUUGCAUGUACUUUUGGAAUUAAAAUAGAAAGUGUAAAAUGAAUGCUGAAAAUUGCAGCUUAGCAGAAAAAAUAGUUUCUUCUUCGUACGUGCAGCAAGGUGCACAAGCAAGACGGGCAAGAGAGAACUUGGUCAGGCAGUUAUUUGAACAGAAAAAAUGUCCUGAAAUUGGUUGGGAUGACAUGAGUAUAGAACUGCUGUUACAAGAACUAGCAGUAAUGGACAGCAACAAUUUUCCAGGAAACUGUGGUGUUGGGGAAAGAGAAGCAAGAAUUGCAUCAAGACUGGUGGCUAAUAGACACUACAAUAUAGGCCAUGGCAUAGGUAGAUCAGGAGAUAUAACAGCUAUUCAGCCAAAGGCAGCAGGCUCUAGUUUGUUGAACAAACUUACAAACUCCAUGGUGUUGGACAUCAUCAAGACAGCAGGUGUCCAGUCUGCAGCCUCUGCAUUUGUUGUUCCCAUGGCAACAGGCAUGAGCCUGGUUCUCUGUAUGCUGACAUUGAAACAACAGCGACCUGAUGCCAGAUACGUGCUAUGGCCAAGGAUAGACCAGAAGUCUUGCUUUAAAUCUAUGGUUACAGCAGGUUUUAAGCCAAUAGUAAUUGAAAACAAACUUGAGGGAGAUGAACUAAGGACAGAUAUUUCUGCCAUUGAAUUAAAAGUGCAGGAAUUAGGUGCUAAGAAUAUAUUAUGUGUGAUGACAACAACCAGCUGCUUUGCCCCAAGAGUACCUGACAGGAUAGAAGAAGUAGCUCAACUAUGUGCCAAACUUGAGGUACCUCAUUUAAUCAAUAAUGCGUAUGGUGUCCAGUCCUCAAAGUGCAUGCAUUUGAUACAGCAGGGGUCUAGAAUUGGUAGGAUUGAUGCAUUUGUUCAAAGUACAGACAAAAACUUCAUGGUGCCAGUGGGUGGAUCUGUAAUAGCUGGAUUUGAUAAAAAGUUUAUAGAAGAAAUAGGGAAGGCAUAUCCAGGCAGGGCAUCUGGUACACCUAGCAUGGAUCUUUUCAUCACAUUAUUGUCAUUGGGAGUUAAGGGUUACCAGCAGUUACUGAAAGAGAGGAAGGAGAUGUACAAAUACCUAUCUGCGGAACUGACCAAGUGUGCAGAAGCCCAUGGGGAGACAUUAUUGCACAUUCCACAUAAUCCAAUAUCUAUGGCCAUGUCUCUGAGGACCAUUCCAUCAGAGCUGGCAACCCAGCUUGGAUCCAUGCUUUUUACAAGAUUUGUCUCUGGUACAAGAGUUGUUGCAACAGGAGAAUUGAAGACAGUACAGGGAUACACCUUCCAUGGCUUUGGUUCUCACACAGACAAUUAUCCUUGCACAUAUUUAACUGCUGCAGGGUCUGUUGGGAUGACUAAAAAUGAUGUUGACUUGUUUGUGAAGAGACUUCAUAAGGUGCUAGAAAGAUGUAAAAAGACUGGAGCAGCAGAAACAUUGGAGGAAGAUACAAUUGAGACGUGAUAUCUUUGAAAGGCUAGAAGUGUCAUUUUGGGAUUUGAAUGUGUCUGUUAUAUGAUCAUCUGAAGUGAACUUUUUUUCUUUAAAAAAAUUCUGUUUGGAAUUUUAUUUAUACAGCAUUUAAAAUAAAAAAAACAAUGUAUUCUGUGCUCUGCUUCCUUGUAUUAGUACUGAAGUGUUGAUUCCAUGGCCAAGUUACAAUUUUCAAAAAUUUCUUAUAUAUAUAUACUCAGUUGAUUAUGUCAAAGUGUACUGUGGUUAGGUUGAUUAGGUGUCUGAGUUAAAAUCAUAUUACUUGAAUCUCUAAGUGUAUGUUAUUUGUUAGAAAGAGCUAUAACCUCAGUUUAUAGGUCCUGGAUGCUUUCAGUUGUGAAAGGAAUGGAUUGAGUAACUUCAAUUAUGGCUUCAUCUCUCCUCCUGAAGUUAAAAUCAGCCUCGGUUCAAUUGUCUUUAAAAAGGCCAAGUAAAUGCAGCUAACUUGACCUAAAUAUUUACUUCUAUACUACAAUUGUCAGCAGAGUUUGGCCAGCCCCACCAAUAGUUGGGUUGCCUGGGUUGUCUGAGCUAGGAGACUACAGCCAGAAAUAAAUGUACUGUAGUGGUCAGUCAGUGAACGUGACUUUAUAAUCUUUGGAAAGAGAACAUGUUGCUAUGGCAUUAGCACAUCCAGUUUGAUAUGUAUAUAUAUUGUUUAAUGACAAAAAUAAGGUUGUUUGAAAAAGGCCAAAUAAAAGUU